AUGGAGGUCAGCUCGCCAUUACUUUGGCCAGCAAUGUCACGUAUCCAAACCAAAUACUCAGACGCGCAAGCCCUUUCCCAAAUUCGGUUCCUCGACAUUUUAACGGACAAGAAGUCCGCAAAGCUCAUUCUCUCAAAGCUGGAGAAACUGCAAGGACUUCAUCUACAAUGGAUAGGAGACAUGCGCGAGGACGCUGCCGAUGAGGGUUUCUCUCGCUGCGAAGUUCUAGGCUGGCUUUUGGCAUGCCCACGGCUAGAGGAGCUUAAUCUUUCCGGGAGUGUGGACUUUGCGAUGCCUCUACAAAGCUUCAUGGAUUUUGCCAAAAUAUCCCCUAUUCCGAAGCUUUGA